AUGGAGAAUACUUUACACUCAGCUGCAUUAAUGUGGACAAUUAAUGAUUUCCCCACCUAUGGAAACUUAUCUGGUUGUGUUGUUAAAGGAUAUAAAGCUUGUCCAAUAUGCGGCGAUGAUACACCUAGUCACAGGUUGAAAAAUGGCCACAAAAUUUGUUACAUUGGGCACAAAAAAUGGUUACCAAUCAAUCAUCCAUAUAGGAGGCAACGUGCAGCUUUUAAUGGGAAACUUGAAUAUGGCACACCUCCUGAGCCAUUAACCGGAGAAGAAGUGCUGCAUGUCCUAGAUGUUAUGCACAUUGAGAAGAAUGUUUGCGAUAGUAUCAUUGGUUCAUUACUGGAAAUCCCUGGAAAAAAUAAAGAUGGGAUUGCUGCUCGAUUAGAUUUAUUGAACAUGAGGGUUAAAACUGAUUUGCAACCCGAGUAUGGAGAAAGACGUACUCAUUUGCCUCCCGGGCCUUGGAAUUUGUCAAGAGCAGAUAAGAGAGAGGUUUGCAAUUCUUUCUAUGGUAUGAAGGUCCCUGAAGGUUAUUCUUCAAAUAUAAAAAAUCUUGUAUCUUUACAAGAUUCAAGACUUCUUGGCCUUAAAUCACAUGAUUGUCAUACCUUAAUGCAACAAGUGCUCCUUGUGGAAAUUCGUUUUGUUUUGGAAAAGCCUGCAAGGUAUGCAAUAACUCGUUUGUGCUUCUUCUUCAAUGCUAUAUGUGCAAAGACUGUUGAUGUUUCCAUGCUAGAUAAGUUGGAAGAAGAUGUCGUAGUUACUUUGUGUUUGCUUGAGAAGUACUUUCCCCUUUCAUUCUUUGAUAUCAUGGUUCAUCUAGUAGUACAUCUUGUCAGAGAAGUUCAUCUAUGUGGGCCAGUAUAUUUUAGAUGGAUGUAUCCGUUUGAAAGAUAUAUGAAAGUGCUAAAGGGGUAUGUUCAGAAUUGUACUUGUCCCAAAGGUUGCAUUGCUGAGCGGUAUAUAGCUGAAGAAGCUGUAGAGUUUUGUACCAAGCAUUUAUCUGAUAUUAGUACAGUUGGAGUGCCUUCAAGCCAAAAUAUGGGAGUUUCAAAGCUAUUAUCAGGUUGCACAGUGAGCGUAGUUGAUCGGGACCUGUUGAACCAAGCACAUCUAUAUGUCUUGGAGAAUACGAAGGAAGUCCUACCUUAUAUCGAGCAACAUAUGAUCCACAUCAAGACCGCUUAUCCAAAAUUUAGAAACAGAACAAAGUGGCUGCAGGAUAAGCACAAUAGCACUUUCAUUCAAUGGCUACGCUUCAAGGUUCAAAGUGAACUUAAUAAGGAAGACAAUCAUGGCGUAUCAGAAAAUUUAAGGUGGCUAGCAGCUGGUCCAAACAUGGCAGUGCCAUCAUAUAAGAGCUCUCUUAUUAAAGGUAUUAAAUUUAACAUCAAGGCACAAGAUGAUGUGCGGACAACUUAA